AUGGAGUUCACUGCUGCGUCGAGCAGCAGCAGGCUCUCUAAAGAGGGGGAGGAGGAGGAGGAGAUGGAGGAGGAGGAGGAGGAGGGGGAUGAGGCCUCCCCGCGUGAGAUCCCCUUCAUGACGGCCAUGACGGCGGCCGCCUCGUCCUCCUCCCCGACAUCCGCGGCGUCUCCUUCAUCGGCCGCGGCCUCCGCGUGUGCGUCGGGGUCGGGCUCUCCCUUCCGCUCGAGCGACGGCGCUGGGGCUUCUGGGAGCGGGGCUGGCGGCGGCGCGGGAGGGGGCGACGUGGAGGUGAUCGACAAGGAGCACAUGUUCGACAAGGUGGUCACGCCGAGCGACGUGGGGAAGCUCAACCGGCUGGUGAUCCCCAAGCAACACGCCGAGAAGUACUUCCCUCUGGACGCGGCGGCCAACGAGAAGGGCCUGCUGCUCAGCUUCGAGGACCGCGGGGGCAAGCUCUGGCGCUUCCGCUACUCCUACUGGAACAGCAGCCAGAGCUACGUCAUGACCAAGGGCUGGAGCCGAUUCGUCAAGGAGAAGCGCCUCGACGCCGGGGACACCGUCUCCUUCUGCCGCGGCGCCGCCGAGGCCACGCGCGACCGCCUCUUCAUCGACUGGAAGCGCCGCGCCGAACUCCGCGACCCGCACCGUCUCGCGCGCCUGCCCAUGCCCAUGCCCACCUCCUCGCCCUACGGCCCGUGGGGCGCCGGACCGGGCGGUUUCUUCAUGCCGCCCGCGCCUCCAGCCACUCUCUACGAGCACCACCGCCUCCGCCAGAGCUUCGACUUCCGGAGCAUCAGUCCCGCCGCGCCGCAGAGGCCGCAGGUACUCUACUUCGGCUCCGCAGGAAUUUUCCCGCACGCAACCAUGCCGCCUCCGCAGCCGCAACCUCCGCUGCACAUUGCGGUGCAACCGAGCCCGGCGGUCACCGUCGGCAUGCCCAUGGUUCUCGAUUCGACGCCACUCGUCAACAGCCCGACGGCGGCCGCGAAGCGCGUGCGGCUGUUCGGAGUCAACCUCGACAAUCCGCAUACCCACGGCGGCGAGUCAAGCAACGAUGCCAACGCAUUGUCGCUGCGGAUGCCCGGAUGGCAAAGGCCGACACCGUUUAGGUCGCUGGAAUUGCCCCAGCACGGUGCAGCCGGAGCGGAGUCGUCUGCUGCCUCGUCGCCGUCUUCAUCAUCAUCCUCCAAGAGAGAAGCGCAUUCCUCCUUGGAUCUCGAUCUGUGA